AUGUCUGCCCCAAGUUCCAUUGAGUCCAGCAUAGCCGAAGAUGAUUUGCAGCCCAAUCCAGUAUGGGUCUGUGGCAGUGAAGUUGAGUUUGGAAGGAAGUUGAUAAUAACAUUCAUUUUGGUGGCACUAGAAGCCCAAACUACGAUACUUGGUUCCCAUGGCUCUGGAAAAGAAUCAGCAAUAGCAUUUGACUGCAGACGAGGAGGGUCCAGAAAGAUUAGUGUUGGGAGAGAAGGUCGUUUUCAACGUGCGGGCCUAGACAGUGGUGAGGGAGAAAAGGUAGUAGGCAUCACCAUCACCAUCAACCUCAGACUCAGACACAGUCAGAAGCUUAUCUUCAAAAAGAAGAGUUCCAUCACCACCACCUCCUCCCAUGCGAAAUCCAGAGAACAUAACAAUCAAAGAAUAAGCCAUGUAAAUUGCACACUGGGUGUGACCUAUUGUUAUAGACCUGUUAUUUCUGGAGUCCUAUCUCAUGACAAAAGAAGAAGAAAGGCGAGGGAGGUAUGUUCUGAAUUGAAAGAUAGCCCCACCUAUUCAGCUGGCCUCACGUGUCCUGUAUCGCAAAAUGCUCGGGAUCAGGUUGUCGCGCUCAAUUUGCAAGCUACAGAGAGAUUCUUGUGGAGAUCCUGGAGUAUGGUAAUUGAAAUUGUGACUGGAGUGGCUGGAGUUGGUGGCACGGCAGUGAAUGGGAACGCAUGGGAUUCUUCUCUGGAAACAGGAAUCAGAAUCUACUUCAAUGAAAACUUCUCAGCCUAG